AUGGACCUCUUGACAAUGGUCAAGAAGCUCAAUAAAGGCAUCUACAAACGCCACUCUGAACUGAUGGCUGACUUUGAGUUGAUCGUCUCGAACUGCGUCCAAUUCAAUGGCGCUGAGAGUCAGUUGGGAUUGGAGGCUAAGGCCCUCAAGAAAGUCUGGGACCUCGAAUGGGAAAAGGCCGCUAAAAUGUCUUAUACCAAUAAACAAUCGCUCUUGGGUUUAUUCAAUAAAUUAAACCAAGCACCUAGUGUUGAGCUGUUUAAUGAGCCAGUUGACCCGGUCAAAUACCAAAUACCAACUUGCUACGCGGUGAUUGGAGGCCAACAGAGCGCGCAAGAUCUGGGGACAAUCAAAGCGAACCUGGUCGCGGAUCAAUACAACAGCAUCGGCGAGUUCGAGGCGGACGUGCGGCUAAUGCUGAAGAACUGCUUCACAUUCAAUGCGCCGACUACCCCGGUGGAGGUGAUUGGACGGGACCUUGAGAAGGCCUUUGACAUUGCUAUGGUCAAGGUUUGCAAAGACGCCGGGUUGCCCCCUACCGCUGGAUCAUCAUCCACCCCUGGAGACAAACGCAAGGGCGUUGAGCCCUCCGCGUCUUCGAAAAGAUCUCGCGUCGGGUGA